CGACAGCGACACACAGAAAGGGCCAAAAUACGACGUGCCAGCCAAGAUGGAGGAAGGACGUGACGCCUUUCGGUCGCUCAAGACCAAAGUGAGCAACCGCUGGAAGAACGUUGCCAACGCCGUCAAGAAGCACACCCAAGAUGAAGACCAGGAAUCUCGCCGCGUUGCCUUGGGCGAUCGGUUCUUCGGCGCAUUCCACUCCUUGACCAAGCGUCACAACCUUGACAAGGAGACGUCAGAUAUCCUGCAACACAUUCCUCAACCAGAGGAUGAGCGGCUGAUGCUGGAAGAGGAGCAGGCAACACGCGGCGAUCACGAUGCCGAUGAAGUGUACCUCUCCUUGCUGCAGAGCAUCCUCCAUGGCACGUUGGUGGAUGCUGCCUCAAAGCCCGCCAUGCUGGAGAGCGCACAGCGGAUCUUCCAGCUCUCGCCAACCGACCACGCUGAGCUUGUUCGCCAGGCGAAGCACGCUGUUCGACCGAGCGAUCUCAAGCACGAGGUUGUGCUGGAGCGACUUCGCAUCGCCGCAACAGACACGCUGCCGUCCAUCACCCCAAAACAUGACAUAUUUUGUGUGCUUGAGCUCGUUGACGACCGCAAGACGCGCAAGAAGGGCGACGCUCGCCCAACUAUGCGCUCUGACGUGCUGCUGCAAACACAGCGCAUGAGCGUGGCUGAUGGCGAAGUCGUGUGGCCUGAGACCUUCUCCUGCCACGCACCUACCCUCAAGUCCACAAACAUUCAGAUUGAGCUGUGGGCGGAUGUGGAUCAUGCAGACGCAUUUGAUCGCGACUCCGUGCGCACAUCUCGACCGACAACGACGACAACGACGACCAGUGAUGGCGGUGGUGACGCGAUGAGCGAGGACGGCGACAGCGCUGUCGGCACGAGCGUAUCGUCCUCUGUGCACCGCGGGCGGCGGCCGGGCAAUCCGUUUGAGGCCGAGCCGAUCCAGGAGGAAGACGAGGAGGAAGACGAGGAGGAGGGCGAGGAAGGGGAAGGGUCUGUGUUUGGAGACGGCGACGAGGGCAACCCCUUCGGCACCUUCUCGCAGCUCAACCCCACGGGCGCACACGAGCCCACGGUCGGGGACAUGCACGCGUUGGAGAAGCGCAAGAAGAAGAAGAAGGCGAAGCGGCUGCAUCGGGCGGUGCUGAAGCGGCUGCGACGCGUCCGUAAGGCUGUCGGCAGCGCCGCCAGCGCCGUUCGAUCCAGUGGCACCAACCUCUCAUCAAGCCUGUCCGCGUCGAUGCCAAACCUGACAUCAUCGCCAUCAUCGUCGUCGUCGUCCCCGUCCACCGCUGAAGGGCCGGUCCUCAUUGGCCGCGGCUUCGUUCCGCUCGCCACCCUCACCCGCGACUCAGAGCACGUGGCCGCGCCGCUGUUCCUGCACGGGAAGGACGUCGGAUGCACGGUUGAGCUGAUGGCGCUGACGGCCCCUGCGGAUCUCGGAUCCACGCUGCAGGCGGCACGACAGCGGCACGGACACCUCAUCCAGAAGGUCCUCUUCCACUGUGUUCGCCAGUUCCAACGAGAGGUUGAGGAGCACUCUGCAGCGGCGGACGUGCGGCCGUGGGACGGGUUCAUGGACGAGGCUGUGCUAUCCCUGCUCAAGCAGCACUCCGACUGGUGCGCCCUCAACGUCAUCGAGUCGCGAUUGGACCAUUUUUGCACGCUGAUGGAGCUCCAUGCACACUACCCGGUCUCCAUCUUCUACAUCCAGCAGAAACUCUCCCGCAUCACGAGCCGGCCGCUCCGCUCGCUCGACAAGGCCGACAUGGCGCGAUUCAUGGCCAGCCUGCAGGCUGUCUUCUCGUACAGUUUCCCCGUUGUCUCCAGCCCAUUCCACUUCAACCCCGACAGCCAAAACGACCGCGCUCGCUUGAGUGCACACGUGGAGGCGCUCAAUUGCGUAUUCGACGUGCCCGAGUGGCAGCAGGCCCUCGCCCAGACGACAACUCCACAGCUUCAGCACCACGUCUCGCUGAAGCACAGUCCCUUCCUGGAUGAGGUACAACAGUAUCUGCUGACCCACGACCGCGUUACCUAUCUCAAGGUCAAGCACAUGCUCAUCACCAAGUUUGGCGAAGCAGCCUUCCUCGAGCACAAGGGCCAGGUGCAGAGCAUGCUGCUGUCGAUGUAUCAGCUGUCGUCCCAGUCGAAACCAAAGAGUGGCGAACACACACCGCUUUCCGAACGCCUCCCGCAACUCCUCAAGCAGUGCCCCUACAAGGAACUCACAUAUCAGAAAGUCAAGGACAAAUUGCUUGAGGAAUACCCGCCGGCGGUCGUGGACAGCGCGCGCAAGUGCAUCUCUGUUGCACUCGUGCACGAGCUGAACGAACGGCGGGAGCACGCUGGCGACGCAAAGGCCGCGCACACGACGCUCACGGCGGAGCUGCAGGACAGCAUUGCGCACGCUGCGAGGGAGCGAUACGUGCUGCUGAAGAUGCAAGCGCGUCCAAAGGAGCUCACCGAGACGUCUGAUUUGGACCACUAUGCGCUCGUUGCUGCUCUCCUGCUGAAAAACCUGGAGAUUUGCAACAGUCUCGCUGACUGUUUCCAGGGUGCCCAAGACCUGAACUUGGUGGCCAUUGUGGCGAAAUCGUUCGACGGGUCGCUGUGUCAGGACCUGCAAGUCAUGCUCGCCACCCGGCGCGAGGAGCUCAACCAGAAACACGAAGUGCCAAUCAAGUUCUUCGAGCUGUACUUUGAACUUCACAACCUGCAUGAAUUUCUGGACUCAACACUAUCGGAGGGCACACUGCAUUCUCUCAACAUCUCGCGCUUCUGGACGUGGUUCCAGCCGUUUGUGAUUGAGUGGCUGUAUCUCAGCAAGGUCAACUGCAAGGAGAUGAUCAGCCGCAGCCUCGACCUGGACACGUGGACGCCAAUCAACGAGGACAAGGGCGAACUCUUCUCCACAUCCGUCAUUGACUGCUAUCGCAUUCUCUUCGACAUCCUCAGCUUCUGGGCAUCGAUCGACUGGCCAGAUGUCGAGGCGGCCGAGGAGUAUCUGUUUGCACAUCUGUCGGAGACAAUCUGCUUCUGCGUGCGCUUCUAUGCAGAGGAGAUGACAAAGCGUGUGCUUGAGCGCGCUGAGCCCUCACAGGGCCAGGACGUGCUGGCAUACACCAUCCCAGACAUUGUCUUCACGGGCCUGAACAACCUGUGUUUUGCGUCGGAGAAGCUGCGGGAGGUGUACGAGUGCAUGGACGUGGACAACGUGCAGCAGUCGCACAUGAACCGCGCCAAGAUUGCAAACCAGGGCCACGCCGGCCGCCUCAAGCCGCACAAGUCCGUUCGCCAUUUCACGGAUACCGGCGACUUCAUCGACAGCUGCAUGCGCCAGAUUGCCCAAGGAGUGGCGCGGGUGAUGCAUGUGCGCAUCAAGAACGACGUGCGGUCGAUUGCACAGAAGUACGCAACGCACGACGAGGAAGGCGACGGCUUCAUUGAUCGCCUCCUCUUCGGGCUCCUCGGCAGUCCAGCGGAGCGCGCGCCGUCGCCGUCUGCGGACAGGAGCGGAGCAGAGUCGACCGACCGGAGUUUGGCCACGCGAUUGCGCCGCCGCCAGUCCCGCAUGCGCAGCGCAUCCGUCGUCUCUGCUGUGAUCCACACAAACCCGUCGUUCCUGUACAACAACUUUGACUUGAUGAUGGUGAAGCUGCAGAACACGACCAGCAUCGACGCGCUGCUGGAGGAAGUGUGGCGCUCGGUGAUGGUUCUUCUUCGUAAAGUGUUCCUGAACGAGAUACAGACGCCGCUGCGCGCGGACCCGACCAAGCUGAUGCGGUUCGUGCUUGCGCUUCGCCGCAGUUUCAAGGCGUUUUUCGCCGGCGGUGGUGAAGGCCUUUCCGACCAGACCAUGGAGGACAUCAGCGAUGAGGAAUUCAACACGGUCCUCAGUUAUAACAAAAUGUCUGGCGAGGAUCUGGUCGACACCUUCUUCAAACUCGCCAGCGAACUCCAGUCUGACCCGAUUGCGACCGCUAUCGCGCACCAGCGCGACGCCAACGCUCGGUUCGUCGGCACCCAGAACUACCGACCCCAGACCAACAUCGGCGACAUUCGCUUCGAGCUCGCAUACGUGAAGCCGACAGACACCCUCACCCUCACGGUCAAGGGCCUGUUGAUGCAUGUGCCACAGCAAAACACGUACCUGAACGUUCGUCUGCUUCCCAGCUUCGAUGGCCCUCCGUUCAAGGCGCGCUCCGCUGUGCGCAAGGAGGGAUGGACCGGUGCCUACUCGGAGACGUUUGAGAUUCCAAACAUCACAUCUGGUCGCGCUGUGCAAGUGCGCGUGCAAGUGCGCAGUCUCAUCAAGUUGGACAAGGUCCUUGGCGAGGUCCUGUUGGACACGCGCGCGCUCGGCCGCCUUGCCUCGCGUCCUGUGCGCAUUUCGAUGCCGCUGUUUGGCCUCGUCUACGCCGGCAAGCCAGGAUGGAUCCAGCAGUGCAUUGCCAACGUGGCUGAGGGUGAGCGCACGCCCGAGGUGAAGAUGUUCCUGGCAAAGUACCAGCAACGCUCCGACUUGUCCUCCAGCACAAACUCUGAUUGCUGA